AUGGCCCGACAGCAGAAUUUUGCAGAAGAUGGUGAUUUAUUCAACAAACUUCCAGACUCCAUUGUUCAUCACAUUCUUUGUCUUCUCGACUUAAAAGACCGUUCACGACUCAGCUGCGUAUCACGAAGAUACAGAGAAUUAUGUAUAUCCGCUCCAUGGGUGACUUUGAAUAACACCGAUUUAACUCCUCGUCGAUUUCUCUCCAAUAACUUUGUGGACAGGCCCAAUUUAACUCGUCGAUUUCUCUUCAAUAACUUUGUGGACAGGCUCUUGUCUCUCCGCAGUUGGCAUGGGGUAAAGAUACAAAACUUUAUUCUCCAAUGGGAUUUCGGAGAAUUAUUUGAAGAGGAGGCGUACAGGAUCGACACAUGGUUGUACCAUGUAGUGAAUUUAGGCGUGCAAAAAAUUGCAUUUCAACUAACUACUCAACGCUUUGCCUUGCCACAAUGUGUUCUAGAUUGUAAAUCUAUAGUAGUUCUCUAUAUCAACACCAACGAUGGCAUUCUCAAAUUACCCUCUACAUCGUCGGCAGCAGCUGGCUUUGGUAUCAAUACUACGCUCGAGGCAUUAGUUUUAUUUUCUGUUCGAAUUGAAGGACGACGACUGUUUUGGAGAAUGGCUUUCACAAUUCAGGUCCCUUUGGGGAUUGAAUCUUACAAGAAUUCUCUUCAAAUCGAAGAUGACUACUUUGGAGAAUGGCUUUCACAUUUCAAGUCCCUUAAGGUAUUGAUUCUUACAAGAGUAAGCGGAAUAAAGAGUAUGAGUAUCCAUAACUCGUCUAUUGAUGUGUUAGAAAUUCAACAUUGUAAUGACCUUGUGGAUAUUAGUAUCUUUGCAGAGAAACUCCGACGACUUCAUGUACGUUGGUAUCCUUAUAAUAAUAACUCUUCUGGUUUUGGAUCAUUGAAAAUCUCUGCUCCUAAUCUUGAAAAUUUUCGUUGGGUUGGACGUGUCGUGGAUUACCAUUGCAGAGGGGAUUUCUCGCACAAGUUGAAUCUCACAAUUGAUCUCAGUUUAUCUGAUCAAUUAUACGAAUCUUCAACCAAGUACUCUUUGCGUAAGAUUCUUCAUAGCAUGCAAAGGGCCAAAGUUCUGACACUACGGGAUGAGUUUGUUGAGGUUUUGUUUAAGUAUGGUUGCUUGCCAUAUUCAUUUGAUCAUUUAGAGCAUUUGGCAAUCGUACGAAUGUCUUCCUUUGAAGACAAGAUUCCAGCAUUAUCCUCAUUUCUCAAAGGAACAAUCAAUCUGAAGAGACUUGUUAUAUUAAACGACGCAAAGGUGGCAAACUCAAUGCCUUCAGGGAAGCUCUCAUUUAAAUUGGAAUAUUGGGAAUCUCAAAACCUCAUGUUUACUAAUCAACUGAAAAUUGUAAUUAUGGAGCUUUCUUGGGGAAGUGAUGUAGAACUGAUGAAAUAUUUGCUCAAGAACACAAAAGAAUUGGAAGAGGCGAGCAUCAUAUCAUCACCAGCAGUGCCAACAAAUCUCAUUAUUGAGUUAAAAAAGUACAAGACACCUCACACAAAAUUGCGUGAGUGA